AUGGGACCCCAGCAUCUGAGCCCUGUGCAGCUGCUCUGUCUCCUAGGGGCCAUCUCCACUCUGCCUCGGGCUCGAGCUCUUCUGUGCUAUGAAGCAACAGCCUCACUCUUCAGAGCUGUUAGUCUCCAUAACUGGAGGUGGCUUCUGAUGAGGAGUGCGGUGUGUAGGCUGAGCGAGGGCUGUGAGGAGACGUUGGUGUUCAUCGAGACAGGGACCAGAAAGGGAGUUGUGGGUUUUAAAGGCUGCAGCCCAGCCUCAUCUUACCCCGCGCAAGUCUCCUAUCUUGUUUCACCGCCCGGAUUGUCCAUUGCCUCCUACAGCCGCAUCUGCCGGAAGUAUCUCUGCAAUAACCUCACCAACAUGGAUUCUUUUGUGAAACUUGAGGCCAAUACCCCCAAGACUUUAGCAUUUUCUUCCCAUGGCUGCCCAACUUGUGUGGGCGAGCACUCUAAGAGUUGCCUCCCAAAUUUUGUCAACACUGAGCCUUGCCCCAGGGACGCCACCAAGUGUUACAGUUCCACCUUAAAAUUUCAGGCAGGUUCCCUCAAUACCACCUUCCUCCUCAUGGGCUGUACUCGUGAACAUACCAGAGCUUUAGCAGAUCUUCACCAUAUUGGGAGCAUCAGAGUGACUGAGGUCAUCAACAUCUUAGAAAGGGUCCAGCCUGCUGGUGCGGAGCCCUCUAGUCGGAGUCCUGCUUGGGGCAUCCUCUUAGGGCUCCUGCUUGCUUUCAGGGACUGA